AUUUCCUCUUCCCCAUCACCACCCUCAACCACACCACCUCCCUCCCCCAUCCCAUCAUGGCGCCCACCCGCACAACCACCAUAAAAUCCAAACACGCAACCAACAAAUCGGGGAUCCAAAACUCCAAAACCUCCUCCAAAGCGCGCAGCAACGGCUCCUCAGGCGAUGGGGUGUCCAAGAAAUCCGCAAAGUCAAAGAGAACGACAAGUAAAGGCGUCGCGUUGGGUAGUGUGACGGGAAAGGGAGCGGCGCUGAAUAAAUUGAGGAAGAAGAGGAGGGUGUAUACGGAGAGGGAAUUGGGCAUUCCGACUUUGAAUAUGAUUACGCCUGUGGGAGUGGAGAAACCGAGGGGGGGGAAGAAGGGGAAAGUUUUUGUGGAUGAUCGGGUGGGUUUUUUUGCUUUAUGUUUUUUGGUUGGAGGGGGUUUAUUUACUGUUUUUUGGUUUUUGGGGGGGUUUUUUUUGGGAGAGAGAGAUCAGCAUUCGUGGAUCAACAAAAGCUAACCACAUCCCCAAACCAGGAAUCCAUGCUAACAAUCCUCUCCCUCGUGCACGCCGAAAAAGACGGACAGAUCGAAUCGAAAAUGAUGAAAGCGCGACAGAUGGAAGAGAUCCGCGAAGCGCGCAAAGCCGAAGCGGAGAAGAGGGUGGAAGAGAGGAAGAGCAAGUUGGACGAGACGAAGGAGGGACUGAAGAAGAAGAGGAAGAGGGCUAGUGCGGCGAGGGAAUUGGAGGGUGAGGGCGGACGGAGAGAGGAGGAGGUUAAGGGGACGAAGGCACUGAAGUUGAAGAAGACGGUUAGUUUUGCGUAG